GGGAAUGCCAGUGCUGCAGGGCUGAGAAGAAUCCUGGAGCCAAGGGUUGGUGUCUAACCGUGCUGCUACUUCCCUGCAGAUCGCUGGAGCCCCUGGAUACUGAAGGCCCUGCCCCUCCUGUGCUCAGCCCCUUCCUGCCACAAGUCCCCAGCAGUUCCAUAGACCCUCCGGAGCACUUUCCUCUGCGGAAAACAGCAUCUGAGCCCAACCUGAAGGUGCGGUACAAGCCCAAGAAGUCGGUGGACCGGCGUAAGAACCCACUGACCCGCAAGGAGAGUGCACCCCCUUCCCUGAAGAGGAGGCCAGCAGAGGCCAUUGACUCAUCCCCCAGCAGUAGCAGCACCCCUGUGUCUGGCUGCAGCUCCCCCAACGACAGCCUCCCAGCGGAACAUGGAGUCCCCGCCUCCGGGCCCAGCAUGGCCCACGAGGCGCCACUCGCCCAGCGCCUGAUGAUGCAGGAGAGCUCGCUGGCCCAGUUUGCCCUGCAGAGCACGGCCUCCCUUCCGGCCAUCUCGCUGGGCCUGCCAGCUGCUGCCAGUGCCAGGGGCGACGCAGACCGCCGCUCCCUCUCUGGCUUGGCACACCGGGUGCCAGUGCUGAACGGGCCCGUCCUCUCGGGCACCCACUCAUCCAUGUUCAUACCAGCUGGCUUGGAGCAGCAUGAGCCCGGAGGGCCUCUGUCCCCUCGGCUUCAGCCUGUCAUUAUUCUUGAGUCCUCGGUCACCCACGCGCCACUUGUGGCAAUGCCAGGCCUGGGGACGGUCCCGUUCCACUUCGCCCACUCACUCAUCCCCACCGACCGGCUGUCGCUGGCAGGCCACCACAAACCGCUGGGGCGGACUCGCUCUGAGCCCCUGCCCCCCAACCCCAAGGCCAUCCAGCAGCAACUGGCGUACCAGCAGCACCAUGCUCAGUUCCUGGAGAGACUCAAACAGCAGACACACUUGGGCAAGCUAAUGACCAAGUCCAGUGAGAAGCCUCGUCUGCGGCAGAUCCCCUCCUCGGAGGACAUGGAGGCCAAGGGAGGGCUCCCAGAGGGAGGGAGUGAGCGCAGUGACCAGCCUAGGGGCCGAGUGGAGCUCACACGGCCAGGGGUCAGCACAAAGGAGCCUGAGCGGAGCCCGAAGCUGAUGCAGCCACAGGAGGAGCUCGUCUUGCAGCAGCAGGCCUACCUGUGGGAGCAUCACCAGCGCCUGCAGCACUCGCUCCUCAAGCGGCAGCCACCAGCCGACACCCUGAUGGUCCCUGCCACACACGGAGGGCACCGGCCUCUCUCCAGGGCCCAGUCAUCUCCUGCCACUGCUACCAUCGCCCUUCCUGCCCAGGACGCACCCGCCAAGGCACUCUCCCUGCCGGCGCAAGAGCCACCAGCCAAACCGCAGUUCACAACAGGGCUCGUGUAUGACUCCGUGAUGCUCAAACACCAGUGCUCCUGCGGGGACAACAGCAACCACCCUGAGCAUGCUGGGAGAAUUCAGAGCAUCUGGUCCCGCCUGCAAGAGCGGGGUCUGCGCAGCCAGUGUGAG